CCGCAUACUGUCCAUGGAUGGCCGCCUUGACGAGGCAAUUCGAUUCCUUCGCCACCCCCCUGGCGCCGCCCGCCUCCCGUUGACUUCUCAAGAAUCUCGAGUGCACCCGCCAAAUAUUCGAGGGAAUGACUGAAAGAAAUCUGUUCUCUUGGACUGCAAUUAUAGGGGCUUACUGCAAUUCUGGCGAAGCAGACAAAGCAUUUGAUCUUUACAAGAAGAUGAUUACAGAAGGAUUUCGAGCAGAUCAGUUCCUUUAUCCUCUGAUUUUGAAGUCCUGUGCAGGAAUGAAGUCUUUAAGGGGAGGCCAACAGGUCCACGCAGAUAUUUUUAAGAGUGGUUUUCAGUGGGAUGUUGUCAUAACGAAUUCUCUUAUAAACAUGUACUCGAAAUCUGAAACUGUGGAAGAUGCCAAGAGGGCUUUUGAUGAAAUGGUUACGAGAGAUAUUUUUACCUGGACUUCAAUGCUUGUGGGCUACAUUCAGAUGGGCGAUGGUCUACAAGCAUUGAAACUUUUCAAAGAAAUGAUGCAUUCAGCGGUUAGGCCGAAUCCUGCUACUUUAGCAGGGAUUUUGCCCCUCUUUUCUGAUUUGGGAAGUUUCGAACUUGCAAAACAGAUACAUGGACUCAUAGUCACAAGUGGGUUUGAGUAUGAUAAAUUUGUUGGGACUGCUCUUAUCGAUGUUUAUGCAAACUGUGGGGGUUUGGGGUAUGGCAGGCUCAUCUUUAAUAGAGUAAAAGACAAGGAUAUAGUGUGUUGGAACACUAUGGUCAAGGGCUAUGCUCAGAUCAAUCUAUUUGAGGAGGCAGUUGAGUUGUUAAGAUGCAUGCACAUAGAUGGAAAAUCUCCCAAUAUAACAACUUGGGAUUGUAUCAUUCCACAGUAUCUUGAAAGUGGAUUAUCAAUUCAAAAUAUUCUCAACACACUUAACCAAUUGGAACUUUCAGGUAUUAGACCAAGUGAAAUAUCUCUAACAUCAUUAUAUCAGAUAUGUGAACGUGUAGAAGGUAUCGAACAGGUAAGGGAGUUUCAUUGGUACUUGAGUAGAUGUGGUUACAUGUCAGACAGUGCUGUGGCUUCAUACCUUAUAAGCAUGUACUCGAAAUUUGCGUGUGUUGAAGAUGGUGAAAAUGUUUUUGAAGGCAUCAGUUCAAAGGAACUAGACUGUUGGAAUUCGAUGAUUGCUUGCUAUUCGUACAAUGGAUAUGCCAGUAAGGCUUUUGAACUUUUCAAUUCAAUGCAGAAGGCUGGGAUAGAACCCAGUACUCUCAGCUGGAACACAGUAAUUGCUGGAUUCAUUGAUGCUGGUGAUUUCUGGGCUGCUUUGGAUACAUUUGCCACUAUGAGGUGGACAUAUCAAAAGCCUGACCAUACAAUUUUCAGUGCUAUUCUUCCAGUGGUUGGUCAUCUUACUUGUCCUAUGACAGGGAAGCAGUUACACAGUGUAUUUCUCAGAAAUGUCGGUGAGAUGAACACAUUGGUGUGCACAGCCUUCAUUAACAUGUAUGGAAACUGUGGGUACAUAGACUAUUCCAUAAGGAUUUUUGAAUCAAUUGAUGCUAAGGAUUUGGCAUCAUGGAAUUCAAUCAUCUCAGGUUUGGCAAAGAGUGGAUUUCUUGAUGAGGCUUCAAGAAUCUUCAAUGAAAUGAAAAUGACAGGAGUAGCAGGGAACAUUAUCACUUGGACUACGCUGGUUUCAGCUUAUGCACGGCAUGGGGAAGUUGAUGAAUGUCUGAAGCAUUUCCGUGAACUUCAAUUGGAAGGACUAAAGCCCAACUCCAUCACCAUCUCAAGCAUUCUUCCUGCAUGUUCACAGUCAGCUAUUUUAUCUCAUGGAAAAUCUAUUCACUGCUAUAUCAUAAGAAGUGGAAUUGGCUAUGAGGAUCUAUUUGUUGCCAAUGCCCUCAUAGACAUGUUUGUUAAAUGUGGAUCCAUGGAGUAUGCAGAGCGAGUGUUUAGGGGGCUUCCUCGAAGAGACAUUGUAUCAUGGAAUACAAUGAUUCAGGGUUUUACAGUUCAUGGAAAAGCCAAUGCUGCUCUGUCCUUAUUUUAUCAAAUGUUGGAAGAAGGUGUAGACCCUGACAGCAUCACUUUCUUAGGGGUUCUAUCAGCAUGUAGUCAAGCUGGGUUGGCUGAGGAAGGAUGGAGACAGUUUAAUAACAUGGAUUCAAGAUAUGGGAUUAUUCCUACUGGGAAACACUACACCUGCAUGGUUGAUCUCCUGGGGCGUGUAGGCAAUUUUGAAGAUGUUAGAAAUUUCAUUGUUCAGAUGCCAUUGCAACCCACUGCAAGCCUUUGGGGUGCUCUCCUCUUAGCCUGUAAGACCCACCAGUAUGUAGAGAUGGCCGAGUAUGCAGCCAACCACCUCAUAGAACUACAGCCUCAGAACCCAGUGAACUAUGUAACAUUAAUAGAUAUUUAUGCUACUGCUGGGAGAUGGAAUGAUGUCAAUAGGGUGAGAAAGAUGAUGGUAGAUAAUGGUGUGAAGGAGUUGCCUGGUUGUAGUUGGAUUGAGGUUGGCAACUCUAUCCGUGCUUUCACAGAAGAGAACCAAUUGAGCCAAGAUGUGGAUGAGGAUUUAAAUAGUGUAUUGGUAGAUUUAUUAGUUGUGAUAACAGAUGAAGAAUAUACCACAGAGAUAAGACAAUCCCUUUUACUGGAUUAGAGACAGAAGAGAACAGGAAAAACCAAUCUACAUUGAAAAAAUGUCAACAGUAUUGUGGAGACAAAUGCAAUGCCGUGACAAUGUCAUAACCCAUCAGCUCAAGUCAUAGUUUUCGCAUUCCAAAAACGGACAUAUGGACUUUACCAGACUAUUAAAUCAUUUUUUCAAAUGUGGAAUGUGAAGGACAUGAGAAGGUAGAAGGAACUAACAAAGACGAAAGUUUUCAUGAUAUUCCCACAACAUAAGCUUAGAGGUGAGCCAGCUUUCAGCUUUGUGAAAUAAAGAAUUAAAAUAAGUUACCAUUAUUUAUGGACAAACAAUCAUCAUUAAGAUGUUUAUCUAGUAAAUUUGAGAGGUCCAAUGCACCAUUUUUACCCACCAGAGAGGCAGUUCAUCAAUUUAAGGUGUCACUGAAUUGACAAUCAUUGUCAAAAGCUAUAUUCUUAAUUCAGCAUUUCUAUAAAAUGUUAUAUGAAUAAAUUUUGGUCUUAAUAUAUUAAUGGA